UUUUUUCAUUCAAAAUGCGUGAGUGUAUCUCAGUUCAUGUUGGUCAAGCUGGUGUCCAGAUGGGCAAUGCCUGCUGGGAGUUGUACUGUUUAGAACAUGGUAUCCAACCUGAUGGUCAGAUGCCUUCUGAUAAAACAAUUGGAGGUGGAGAUGAUUCCUUCAACACUUUCUUCAGUGAGACCGGGGCUGGUAAACAUGUUCCCAGAGCUGUCAUGGUAGAUCUGGAACCAACCGUUGUCGAUGAGGUCCGAACUGGUACUUACCGUCAACUCUUUCAUCCUGAACAGCUCAUCACCGGCAAAGAAGACGCUGCCAAUAACUAUGCAAGAGGGCACUAUACCAUUGGAAAGGAAAUAGUCGAUCUUGUUUUGGACAGGAUAAGGAAACUCGCCGACCAAUGUACUGGUCUUCAAGGGUUUCUCAUCUUCCAUAGUUUUGGUGGUGGGACUGGUUCUGGGUUCACUUCAUUGCUGAUGGAACGUCUAAGUGUUGACUAUGGUAAGAAAUCCAAACUGGAGUUUGCAGUCUAUCCAGCACCUCAAGUAUCGACUGCCGUUGUUGAGCCGUACAACUCUAUCCUUACUACCCAUACAACAUUAGAGCAUUCUGAUUGUGCCUUCAUGGUUGACAACGAAGCUAUCUAUGAUAUUUGUCGCCGAAAUCUUGAUAUUGAACGACCAACGUAUACCAACCUGAACCGUUUGAUUGGUCAAAUCGUCAGCUCAAUUACUGCUUCCCUGAGGUUUGAUGGUGCACUCAACGUUGAUUUGACGGAGUUCCAAACCAAUUUGGUACCUUAUCCUCGAAUCCAUUUCCCAUUGGCUACCUAUGCACCAGUUAUCUCAGCAGAGAAGGCUUACCACGAACAACUGUCUGUCUCUGAAAUCACCAAUGCCUGUUUCGAACCAGCUAACCAGAUGGUAAAAUGUGAUCCUCGUCAUGGUAAAUAUAUGGCUUGUUGUAUGUUGUAUCGAGGUGACGUUGUCCCCAAGGAUGUGAAUGCUGCUAUUGCCACCAUCAAAACCAAAAGAACCAUCCAAUUUGUCGACUGGUGUCCUACUGGUUUCAAGGUCGGUAUAAACUACCAACCACCAACUGUUGUACCAGGAGGUGAUUUAGCCAAGGUUCAGAGAGCUGUUUGCAUGUUGAGCAACACCACUGCUAUUGCUGAAGCUUGGGCCCGUCUUGAUCACAAAUUUGAUCUGAUGUAUGCUAAGAGAGCUUUCGUCCACUGGUAUGUUGGUGAGGGUAUGGAAGAAGGUGAAUUCUCUGAAGCUAGAGAAGAUUUAGCUGCUUUAGAGAAAGAUUAUGAAGAAGUUGGUGUUGAUUCUAUUGAUGAAGAAGGUGAAGAAGAGGAAGAUUAUUGAGGACGUCAUGCCAAAUAUAAAAAAUAUCAAUU